UCAAACAUAUUAACUCUUCCGUUUAUCAACCCUAGACGCAUUUCAACCACUUCCCUCUGAAUUGAGAUUGUAAAGCGGGGUUUAAAACGCAAAUGUACUAGUUAUGCGGAAUACACAACACUGCUACAGCUAGCUUCGGACUGCAUUCACUUUUACAUCGGAUUUCGUCAUCAAACAUGGAGACAUUUGAAGGCUACAUCUUCACUGCUCUCUGCAGCACCAACUUUCUGGUUUCCUGCCUGCUGUUCUCCAGAGUCACCCGGGAGCAGAGGGAGCCCUACAUGGACGAGAUAUUUCAUGUGCCACAAGCUCAGAAAUACUGCCAUGGCAAAUUCAACGAGUGGGACCCCAUGAUCACGACCCUCCCAGGCCUCUACCUGGUCUCUGUGGGAGUCAUUAAGCCGGUGGUGUGGCUCGCUGACCUCACAGGCCAGGUGGUGUGUUCCACGGCCAUGCUGCGCUUCAUCAACCUGCUCUUCAACUGCGGCAUCCUUUACCUGCUCUACCUGCUCAUCUGCAAACUGCACUCCCGGGAGAAGACACGAACGACCUCCCGGCGAGUCCUCUCUGCGCUGUCUCUGUCCACCUUCCCCGUGCUCUACUUCUUCAACUUCCUCUAUUACACGGACGCCGGAUCUACUUUCUUCACCCUCUUCACCUACCUCAUGACGCUGUACGGCUGCCACAAGGCCUCGGCGUUCCUCGGCUUCUGCUCCAUUCUCUUCCGCCAGACCAACAUCAUCUGGGUGGCGUUCUGCGCUGGCACGUUGGUGGCCGCCAAAAUGGACGAGGCCUGGAGGGUGGAGCAUACGAAGAAGAGGGAUGAGAAGUCUCCUCCGUCCCAGGUCCCGCUGUCAUUCGGUGGGGCUAAGAAGGUGAUGAUGUUCACGCUGGAGUUCCUCACCUCGCCCGCUCACGUGAAGUCGGUGCUGCUGGUGGCCUGGCCGUACGCUGUGGUCGCCGUGGGCUUCCUGGGGUUCGUGGUGUUUAACGAUGGGAUAGUGGUGGGUGACAGGACGAGCCAUGAGGCCUGCUUCAACUUCCCCCAACUCUUCUACUUCUUCUCCUUCGCCCUCUUCUUCUCCCUCCCCGUGUCCCUUUGUUACCACCGGGCUCUCCGCUUCCUCCAGGCUCUGAAGAAGCAGCCUCUGUUCUUCCUCUUAGUCACGGGCGUCUCUUUGCUCCUGGUGUGGAAGUUCACCUCCGUCCACAAGUACCUGCUGGCAGAUAACCGCCACUUCCCCUUCUACGUGUGGAAAAGGCUUUUCCAGAGGCACGAGCUGGUGCGCUUCCUCGUCGUUCCCGUAUACGUGUUCGCAGGGUGGAAUUUCCUGGACUCCUUCAAGUCGCGCUCACUCUUCUGGAGUCUGGCGUUCCUGGCGUGCCUCCUCGCUGCGACGGUCCCCCAGAAGCUGCUGGAGUUCAGGUACUUCAUCGUCCCCUACCUGAUGUACCGCCUGCACAUGCCUCUGCCCUCUCUGCCCAGACUCAUCGUGGAGUUUGUCCUUUACACGGCGGUCAACGCUGCCACACUUUACAUCUUCAUCAGUAAGACCUUUCACUGGCCGGACAGCACAGCCACACAGAGGUUCAUGUGGUGAGCCAAAGACACUCAAACAGGAUGUCUGGAUCAAUAGAUUCUUUCCAGAGCAUGUGACAUCUCAGAAAUCAAGGGAAAGCUUCUGUUAAAUCGCAGUUGCUAGUUUUAAUGUGACAACUGGCAUCCAAAACGAUCUGACCUGAGGGUUUUAGGGUCAAGUAAUGCUGUGUUUUGUUUUCACUGAUAAACCCUGAAGCGUGGACUGUGAAUCAGCGCACAACUACAUUAAAAUUCCCCUAAAAAGUAUAGAAAGAGAACACUUUUUUACAAUUUUUGGCUUUGACAAUACAGUGGUGGUAUCUGUGUUGUAAAAUCUGUUCUAAAUGAUCUCGGCCUGACAAUAAUUUACUGUAUUUCCACAUGUUUUUCACAGUACCUACACAAAUGUGGGUGGAAAUGUUCAUUCUUCUUCAGGGUGGAACAAAAUGUAUGUCAUUUUGAGGAUUCUGGGAAAUAACAAGGCUGGGUGUGGCUUUUCUAUGUCUAUGACUGUUUCUUACUCUAAAUGUAAAUACUGUAUGUAGUUCUAUGAAUCAAUCUUAGGUGUUACAUGAUCUGUAAAUGUAAAUAAAGAGACCAAAAAUAAUAGCCAUAUUGUAAUGUUCAGAAUUUACGAGUGGGAUGUUGUUAGUAAUGAUUGAACUCUGAUAGACUCACAAGACAAUUGAAAAUAAUUAUGGAACUAAAUUGAAGAUAUACAUAAAUUGUUUUCUAAUUAGAUUUUUCUUUGUAUUUGACCAAGCCAUAAGAUCCACUGGAAUUCAGAAUGUUUUUUUCUCAUUUUUCUACUUUGUAGUUUGUCUGUUAACUGUGUUUUUCCUCUGAAUGUUGGCUAUUUUUACUGUUACUUUUUCUGUGUAUAUACAUGAAAUGAAUCAUGACCAAUUAGCUAUAUGCUGCUCCCCUGUUAAUACAAUCUUGUUGAUACCUUUGAAUAAAAUGACUCAUUCAAUAU